AUGCACCCCGGCGUUCUCCACCGACGCUUCUUGAGUGACCUCUCGACGUCGCUCUUCUCCUUUGUUCUUCCGCUCUUGCCGACCUCGGAAGAGUUAACGAUCAAGGAAGAAGUCCGCACGCUCAUCGAGAAGCUCAUCAAGACAAUCGAGCCCAGUGCGCGCCUCCUCAGCUUUGGGAGCAGCUGCAACUCGUUUGGCCUACGCAACUCGGACAUGGAUCUUGUCGUCCUAAUCGACGACCCAGAUGCAGGACUCGACUCGAGCAUGUUUGUCCAGAUGAUCGGUGACCUGCUGGAGCGGGAGACCAACUUUGAUGUCAAGCCGCUUCCCAAGGCGCGCAUACCGAUCAUCAAGCUCAACCUCGCGGCGUCGCCAGGCUUGCCGUUCGGUAUUGCGUGCGACAUUGGCAUUGAGAACAGGCUAGCUAUCGAGAACACGCGCCUCCUGUUAACGUACGCGACCAUUGACCCCGCGCGCGUGCGCACCCUCGUCCUCUUCCUCAAGGUGUGGGCCAAGCGUCGCCGCAUCAACUCGCCAUAUCGUGGUACCUUGUCGUCCUACGGCAUCACACUCAUGGUACUCUACUUCCUCGUGCAUGUCAAGCAACCGCCAGUGCUGCCCAACCUGCAGCGGAUCGCACCCGUACGCCCCAUAACCGAGGAGGAGAUGAUGCUCGAGAGCCGCAACGUCUACUUCUUCGACGACGUCGAGAUGCUGCGCCAGGAGUGGUCGAGUGUAAACUUUGAGAGUGUUGGCGAGCUGUUGAUCGACUUUUUCCGGUACUUCUCCCACGACUUCCAGUUUAACACGAUGGUUCUGUCGCUGCGCGCCGGCCCCCUCACAAAGGAGAGCAAGGGGUGGACCAACGACAUUGAUGUCGGUGGCCUCAACGAGAUGGCUCGCGACCGUAACCGCUUGUGUAUUGAGGACCCCUUUGAGAUCACGUACAACGUCGCGCGUACCGUCACAAAGGACGGACUGUACACGAUCCGUGGCGAAUUUAUGCGUGCUACGCGCAUCCUCACUCAGCGCCACGACCGCGCCGUCCUCGCCCUGGCCGAGUUGUGUCGAGAGCGCGAGGACGAGUUACUGCGUGCGCCGCGCUCAGCGUCGCCCGCGCCACGCGCGAUGGCAAGCGGCCGUGGUCACUUUGGGGGAAGCGGCCGUGAGGGGUGGCAGCGUUCCCAGAGCCAGCAGCCAUACGACCGUUUCUCUGGUAACCCGCCAGCUGAGGCGCCCCGGCGAGGGCGUGCAACUGACAACGGGCCAGCUGCGCCCGAGGCACCGAGCGCGCAGGACAUGUGGCUUGCCUCGCAGGGGUCCAAUCUCGGCAACGCAGCCCCAUCAAGUGGGCUCGGGUUGGGUGGCGACCCAGCAUUUGAAUACCGGCGCGGUAGAGCCGAGACUCCUUCCCCCUUCCCCGCGCCUGUGCGGAGCAGUCGGCGCACACCGGCGUAUGACAACCCCAACUCGGCAGGGACACUCGAGAUUGGACGUGGACCUAGCGCCCCAGCCCCAGCACCAUGGCAAUCCUCGUUUGAGGGACAGCGCGGCGGCUUCGGCGCACCAGGCAUGCCACCUGUCGGUCGUACUCCAGCACGCGACCUCUCGGUCCCAAGCACGCUGCAUCAGAGCCACACGCCUGAGCCUGGGUCACCGCUGACCACUUUUGCACCGUUUUCUCCGCCCGCGCUGUCCGGCUCGCUGCACCCCUCGAGUGCGGGGGACAAAAACAACGGUAGCUACAUUAGCCCUAGCGCACUGCUGUCGCCUGCACCUGCGGCUGGCUCGCUGCCCACGGCCAGCGAUCUCGCGCAGAGCUUUAGCAAGCUCGGCGUCGACGAGAAGGUCUCAUAG